GUGCGAGUAUAAUCUUUACUGCUGUAAACCGUUCCAAGAUAAAGUCAGCAAAUAUAGAAGUAGAAGUGUGCAAUGCAACCUUUGAAAAUUAUUAGCUGAAAUCCAAGUUAGGGUGUUUGCUUUUGGCCUAGACUGGGAUCGAGAAAUUAGGGGUCAGAUUCUGGGUUGAGGCGAAUCAGGCGCCUACCUGAUGAAACCGAAAGAAAUUUCGUGAAAAUACGUAAUGAAGUUGUACUUCGUGUAAAUUCGUAAAUAAUUGCUUAUAAUACAUUGCUUAUAAUGAAUAUCAACUCCUUUAUAAUAGUUUUAUUCAAACCAAAAAGAUAAUGCUUUUUACGCAGCUCAACGGCACUUCCCAGGUGUAGACGAACAAUGCUGAUAUGGUAAGAUUAUCAAAAAAUCUGUGACUUGGGGCGUUAUUUGUGUGGACCAAACAGUGUUUAAUUCGUCUAAAACUAAUUCGUAGGCAAAUGUUUAUUUAGUACCCGGAUUCGUGCGUGUUGGAAGUCUGAGAAAAUCAACAGCUGAGGGAAUCGAUUGAGAUGAAUGUCCGAUUAUGGCCAUUAAUGAGGUAUAUGUGUAGUUUCAGUUAUAGUUUCGAACACUAAUCAAACGGACUUCAAUGGGACACAAUCGCCAUGAGAUUCAGCCGAAUUAUAGAGGAGUAUCUGAAAAACUCCACUCUGCAUGGAGCCCGGUUUAUAGUAGACAAGGAUGCCAGUUGGAUAGAAAGGAUGUUUUGGGUCAUUUGUCUCGUUGCUUCUUGGUACGCCUCCUGGUUGCUCAUCAAAGCCUCAUUAAGCGCAUUUGAGAACAACGCCAUCAGUUUCGUUGUGGAGAGUUCGUUUCGCGAUUGGAACACCAAUUUUCCUGCCAUUAUAGUCUGCGAAUCGAAGAAUAUGGAUCGAAUUCAAGAGGUGGCUGAACAACUGUGGGGCGCUGAUCACGACUUCACUUUGGAGGAGGUCCUCAGCGAGAUUGCCUUCUUCCGCGGUGAAUCCUACCACACAGUCCACGAAUGCAGUGGCGAGGAGGUGACUGCUUCGUGCUUUUACUCCAAUUUCUCGUAUUAUGCCGAAUUAGUUAGGAGCAGUUGCUUGGACUCAAUCAGCAAUUGCGAGUGGAAUAAUAAACCAUUUGAGUGCUGCAAAUACUUUCAUCGCAUGGAGACUGAGCUGGGGAUUUGCUAUGCCAUUAAUUCAAUGCAAGCUGGGAAACACAAAAUGCCCAGGCUAAAUAUGUUUUCGAAUCGGAAUAGUGGACCAGGCGCCCUGAAAAUGGAAUUGCACACUGAGGCCACGGUCUUUAUUCUUGGCACCGAAGAGGUUCCCACACUGGUAACCCCUAAAACGGAUUUCCUAGUUGUAGGCCCAUAUAUCUCCUUUGUGCGUUAUAUCUCUAAGCGCGACAUUGAGAACGACGAAGAGAUCCGCCAGACCAGUGUCCAUCAGAGGAAUUGUCGUUUCGCCGACGAGAACAUUCUGGAUGUGCACAAGUUCUAUAGCUACAGUGCCUGCACGGUCCAGUGCCGGAAGGAUCGCCAGAUGGAGUUGUGCAACUGCUCCAGUCACCUGUCCCCGAACUCCCCCGAUUGGCAGCUGUGCAACAUGGAGGGUCUGGAGUGCCUCAAUCGCAAUUACGAGGAUCUAUCGGUAAUCAUCGCAAAAUGGUCGAAGCUCCGUGGUCGAAAGGGCCUGGUCUGCGAUUGCCUGCCCUCUUGUACGGAAGUGGAUAUCACUACGGUGUACGAUAGCAAAGAAAAUAUGGCUGGGAGUCAGAACGCCAUAUCCAGGAUCGAAGUGGGCCUCAUAGAAUUACCGACGGAACGUUAUAAGAGAAAUUUGGUGCGCGGAAAACUGGAUUUAGUGGUAUCCAUUGGUGGUACUACUGGCUUGUUUGUGGGCGCCAGUCUUCUCAGCUUUGUGGAGAUUUUUUACUACAUCACUAUACGUCCUUAUACGACGUAUAUAAACGAGAAACGUCGACUAAAGCGAUUGAUUAUACCCAAGAGAUUUCAAUAAGUACACAUCUAGUAUUUACUUGUAGUAAACUCUUCAUUAAAUGAUAUACUUAUCUGAAAAACAUUGUAAAAGAUAAACAAUGCUUGAAAAGAUGAGAUUUUUGCUUCUUUGCCUUUUAGAGAACAGCUAACAUAUGUUUUCUUUUCAAUGUAAUAUCUUUA